GGUUGCCUUGGGAGCGAGAAGCGCCAUACAGACUUGAAGAGCAGUGAGGUCGCAGGCUUCCCCGACGAUGUGAGGCGAUGAAACUGCUUUAGAUAUAUGUAAUAUAUAUAGUAUGUACACAGCGUUUUGUUUGAGAAGAGUGUGAAGGUGAAGAAUACGUCGCUUUGGUGUUUUUUGGGUGGUAUUGAAAUCCAUAUGCUGAGGUGAAAGAGCUCAGAGCAGCCAUGUCUCAGCAGCAGCAGCAGCAGCAGCGGGUGGUUCAGCUGUCAGCCGCCGCGCUCGCUGUGGUGCUGCGGAGCGACCACGACGACUCAGCCAGCCCCAGCAGCGGCCACGACGUUUUCCUGGAUUUUAAGUCCCAAAAUCUGCGCAGCUUCUGGAAUAAAAGGCUCGUGAAGGCAGUAUCCGAAGUUUACUUUCAGGGCUGGAUGGCAAAUUCUGUGCUGCUGGUUCAGGGAAGUGGCAGUAAUUUGGAGGUGCUGAGGGAAGCAUGGAUGCGCAGAGCUCUCAGGUCACCCAAAGGAUUCACUAUCAAAGCAGUGGGUGACUUAUCUCCAGUACAAAUGUCACCUAUCUCUCAGUCACAGUUCAUUCCACUGUCUGAGGUACUAUGCUCAGUCAUAUCCGACAUGAAUGUUGCUCACGUCAUGGUCAACCAAGAAGCACUAAUUAAUCACAUGAUGAAGGCCCAUCCAGGAAUGGCCAUUCCCACUCAAGAUAUCCUCUACAAUGCUCUGGGAGCUCUCAUUAAAGAGAGAAAAAUCUACCACACUGGAGAGGGAUACUUCAUUGUUACACCUCAGACAUACUUUAUCACCAACAACAUGGUGAAGGAGAAGAACUGGUGGACAAGUGACAAUGACCAUCUCUCUCCUCCUCCCAUCACGUACCUGAUGGGUAAUGAGAGCUGCAUGGAUGCUUCUACUGAAGUACCCAUUAUGGCUCACUGCAAGUCUUGUAGUUGCUUCACACCUCAAGUAACUGCUCCUCCUUCUGUCCAGGAGCAAUCUAUCAGCAUAAGUGAAUGCACUGGGAAAAACCUUAAGUGGCCCAGAGAACACAAGCCAACUGUCCAGCACCAGUCCACAUCUACGGCAGCAGACUACCAGGCUAGUGAGAUCAGCAAGUCUACGACCACUAGCCGUAAGGACAAGGAAAAACCCGGACGCAAAUUUGGCCUCAGCUUGUUUCGUCGUAACACGGGAAAGAAAGAGAAUAAGCCAAAGAAGGAAUAUGCCACUUUCUCUGCACAGUUCCCACCUGAGGAGUGGCCGGUCAGGGAUGAGGAUGAUCUUAAUAACCUUCCCAGAGAUUUGGAGCAUGCUAUCAUUAAACGGAUCAACCCUGAGCUAACUGUUGAUAACCUUGUCCGCCAUACAGUCCUAAUGAAGAAAAUGGAAGAGAAGGCAGAGAGAGUGACAAAGGCCCUGACUACUGACAAAGGAAUGUCCACAGAGAUCCUGCUCCCUAAGCAGAGGCACCUUUCAACCAAAGCUAGUGGCAGAAGAUCAGCCUCUAAAGCCAUUCGGAGCAAGAGAAGAGGUCCCUCAGCAAAAGAGAAACAGAGGACAAAGAGUAAGGAUAUUCCAUGUGAUGAUGAUUUACAGGGAGAUGAUCUCAUCCCAUCUCGCCUCAGGCCUGAAUUAGCCCUAGAUGAGCCUGCCGAUCACGAGGACUGUGCAGCUUUGGAUGCAAAAUUUGUCUAUAAGAAACGCAUAGAGGAUCCAUUUCAGUCGAUUCCAGGAUGUCAUACAGCCGUCAAUCAUAAAGAACAAAGGAGGAGAGAAGCCAAGACCUCUAGUCGACGAGAGCGAACAGGCCACAGGUCAAAGUCCUGGGAUCCUCAUCAUGUGAAAGGUGUCACUGAAGAGGUGAAGAAAGCCUGCAUUCUGUUUGACAGAUCAUGUGAACAGCUUAAUGAAAGAGGGCUGAAUUUGGACUCCACCAUAGAUGCUAAAACAAUCAAAGAACUUCCUGGAGACUACAGCUCUUUCUACCCUGAGAACAGCACACUGAGGAUAGAAGACAAAGUCAAACAGAAAGGCAGAGAGUUCAGCGAUGGGAGAGUAAAGCAGUCGAAACAGGUUUUACAAGAGAGAGGUUUAAAAGAUAUUUCUGAUCAAAAGCUUGGUACAGACCUUGCUUCACUUUCAUACGAAACAACAGAAUUACCUGUGUCAUGGCCCAAACCUUCAGUUCGGUGUAGACUAUCUCUUCAUCUAGUUAACAGUAAGGAGGAAUCUGACCACUGUCCUGACCUCCUCUCCUCACAUCAGCAAACUGCCAGCAUGGCAAGCAGCCAACACUUGGCAAACAGUGAGAGGGUACAUAGAAACACAAGCCAUGCAGAUAGUGAAGUACACACUGAUACGGAGCACCACAUUUACCAGAAUGUUGAAGAUGAUGACGAUGGAUGUAGCUCCCUCUGCCUGAAUGAGGAACAUGUCAAUGAGUUGAUUCACCCUGGCACAUCUCGCUGCCGCGAACCAGUCUGUUUCGAUGGGAACUGGGACAGCUCUUUCAUAGAAGAGAACAUAUUAAUCCUUCAUCAAGAUACCAAACGAGCCCCACAGAGACAGCAUGAAUACAGGUGGCCACAAAAUGAGCACAAGCUUGGUUUGUCCCACCUACCAGCAGAUGGCAGCCCUGAGGCAAACCCGCAACGCACGGAUGAGAAGCUGAAUAAUCCCAGCCCAGGACACUCUGACCCCACUGAUACCCUGGACAUCAGUAUCUUUGAUUACAGUCAAAUGAGUGAGAGGGCCUCAGACACUGAAACAGUACUGAAGUCCGCAGAUGAAGACAAUGACCAAGCCAGCCACUGGAUUUGUCACUCACAGGACUACAACCAGAAUCAAUCAGUGGAUGCUGAUAACCUUCAACCUGCAAGUCUGAGUCACUGUGAUCGUGCUGGAGCCUGUACGGGUGAAACAGCAGAGAAUCAAAGCAACACAGCAGACAGUGGGAUUGACUCUCCAAGGACACGCAUGAGUCUAACCUCACCUAACUCCGUGAUACUGAAAGGGCUGAAACGUCGUAAUUUCCUACAGAACCUUGAAAAGCUCCACUCCAAAACCAACGGUAUUCAUCCUCAAAGUUCCCUGCUCCAGCUCACACCUGUCAUGAAUGUGUGAACAGCUGGCUGUAGAUUCACACAAUGUGCUUUGAGCCCAUUCAGUUACCUCUGUAUAAUUGUGCAUAUUUAUAGCUAUUACGUGUAAAUAUAUUUGUUAAUACAAUAUUGAGCAGUGCAUGUGGUAUUUUGGGGUAAUUGAACAACUGAGAUAGGGUUUUUAUAGUUUUUUUCUUAUUAGCUAUUUUUAGUACCAGGCUACUCUGUUUAUAAAGAGGGUUGCAUUAGUUAAAUUAAUCCUUUACACUUCAAAUUCAAAAUAUGAAGACCUUUGUAAAUUAUGACAACAAUAAAAUCUUUACUAAGCAAUGUCUGGGCUUCUCUGUUUUAUUCAUGAAGUAGAGGAACCUGAAAACUUUAGGUAAACAUUAAACAGAGCAUCACAGUACACUGAUUACUGAUUACACAGUGCACAGAGACCUACAAAUCUACAACAUAAACUGUUUUUAAUGCAUUUAAACACAGAUGCUGACUGCAAAAUUUAAUGUGAAGAUGCUGUUUGAACAAGCUUUAGUGAAGCUUAUACAUACGUAUGGAGAUUAUACCUGCAUAGUUAACAUUUUCAAGUGGAAGGAUUCAAGUUAAUUGAAGUAAACAACCAGAUUUCAAAUGUGUGACUGUGGUGGCAUUGACGCUGAAAUUGGCAUGAAUAAGAAGAGACCCUAAAGCAGUGUCUUGCAAAAUAACACAUGGCAGGAAACAUCAGUCUGUGCUGAUAUGGUUCAUCUUUACUAUGACACCUCUCUUUAAUGGGAUGCAAUGCUUAGUGAGAGUAUCAUCAUUACAGUUGCUUUUUUUAUUUUCAAACUUUGUUGUCUGGUAAUUACCCUGCAGUAACUGAUCGUAACAAGCUUGUGGCUGCCUGUAUUAAAUUUCAUGGGGGUAGGUAGUCAGAGAACAGACAACUUCCUUCUUGUCUUGUUCCUAUGCCUGUUCCUUUCUGUUUACCAGAACUGGGGAUCCAUAAAACCAAUAACGCUUAAAAACUUGCUUUAUACGACUGGUGUGGUUGCAAGCUAUAAUGAAAGUGUAGUACAGAGAGUACUAGCUCGUGA